CUAAUAAUAUUAACCUAUAAGAUUAGCAAAUCCGGUUUAUGUUUACAUUUAUGUGAACACACACAUUUAUCUUAUUUUCUGGUUAAAAGUUUAUUUUGUCAAAAAAAAUCCUUGGCUAAGGUUUCUAUGUGAGCAUAGAAAUGCAAACAGUAAAAUGAUGUGUUUGUACUGGAAAUGUGUAUGUGUAUUUGCACAGUGAAUAAUGAAUCAGGAAGUCUUCAUUGUAAAAAAAUCUCCAUUCCCAAAUGAACAUUUUCUAGUUCCAUAUAUGACACACAGGGAAUACAAUGGAAUAGUGGAUUGCAAUAAGGUUAGUAGUAUACAACCUAAUAGUUAAAUAAUAUUUUUUUAAUCAUACCCUUACUGGGGGCUGAGCCCCCCUAAAAUGAAAAUCCUAGAAUCGCCCCUGCCCCCAUCUAGUGGUGAAAUUGUAUUUUGCAUUCAAACGAACAGUGCUCUCUAGCGCCUCGCUCUUCCAAAUAAGUGCUGCAACUACGGUAGCCGUUAUGAACAGCUGGUUCACGUGUUCUGAACGAAAACGCGUUGUGGAAACACCUUGGUAGGCUAGUGCUUUUUGUCCCUCUCUGCUAUUAUAGGUUAUCAAUAUGGUGGAAAGUCAUGGAAGCCUCCUUGGACUUACCCGUUCAAUGUAAGUAAAGAGAAGAAAUUCUAAGCUUACAAAGAAAAGUCAGAUCACUGGCAGAGGUCAUUUAACACCAACGAGGACAUAUUUAUGAAGACAUUGAUUUUGAUUAAUAAAACACUUCAAACCCUACUUACUGUCCCUUUAAGUAUUGGUUUAUACAACUUUUUCAGAUUUUUUUGUAUAUUUUCUAAAUUUUAAACCAUUGUCGCCUGGUGUUAGGGUUAGAGUUGGGUAAGGACGUCAUUUUAUGUAAAUCUAACCCUAAACCAAAGCGACAAUGGUAAGAAAAUAAAAAGAAGCAUUUGAGUAACCAAUAGAAAUUCGUGAUACGAUCACGAAAAAUGUGGAAAUUUGUGACAGUAUCACAAAAAAAAAAAUUAAGUGACUGGGCUGAGUAAAUCAUGACCAAAUAUUUUGGGUGACCUAUGCGCUUAAGGUCCCAAAAAUGGGUUUUGUUAGACUGUUUGGUUCAGUGAAGAACCUUCAACACCCUCCAUACUUUUCUGUUUCACAAAAGAUUCUUUGUAGUUGAAAAUGGUUUUAGACUAUAAAAACAUAAAAAAAGGAAAGGUUUCUUUUAAGAAUCUUUGACCUAAAUGGUUUCUUGGAGAACCAAAGAUGGCUCUUAUAUGCAAAUCUGCAAAGAACUGUUUUCUAAAACUUUCAUAAAAGUGUAUAAUCACAAAAUCCUCAUGCUUUAGCUCAUACCUGGUAUUAAGAAGGUAAAAGAGAUAAUUUCACUUUGCUGUCACUGAGACAAAGCAUUCCAGUGUCAGAUCUAUGACGGUUUAGCCUGCAGGGUUCGAAAACAGAAUUCCCUGUCACCGAUAGACCAGCUGAAAGAUGGAGCCGUGACUUCUUCCACAGCGUUCCCUGCACAUGCAAACACUUGUUUCUGAACUGAGGGUCACAGGUCACAUACAAUCACACCAGAGCAAGUUAACCAGAGCUUACGGCAAAAAUGCCUCUGAAAGUGAUAAAAAUGGCCCAGAUUUAUAUGUAUGAAAUGCCUUUGUAGUGAAUUCCUAUGCUUUUCUGCACUCUCAGAAAAUAAAGAACAAAAGUGGGGUGGUAUCUUUUCAAAAAGUACACUUUUGUACCUAAAAGGUGCAUAUCGAUACCUCAAAGGCACAUAUUGGUACUUUAGCCUAUAUCUGUACCACAUAUUAGGACCUUUUUAAAAGGUACCGUGCAACAUCUUUUUUUCUGAGGGUGUAUAAAUUUUCCUGUCUUUUUAUAGAAGGGGAGAGCGGGGCACAACCUAACGCUUUUUGGUUUUGGACCGUCUCUUGGCAGCGUGAAAAAAAAUACCCGAAAAACAAAAUGGUCAAUCUUGUGCAACAAGUCCGUGUAAACAGUCCGUGUUACAACUAACCCCGCGUUAGUUUUUGCCCUGCGCACCCCUACAUUUCAAAAACACAAUAUGGAUGUCCUCACCUUAUAUUGCGUUUUCUAAAGGAGAAUUGUCACAUUCAUAAAUUUAAAGAAAACUAAAUUAGACUAGCAAAAACGUUUUCACUGAGGGCCUUGUCAGAUGCAGAUAAACCUGUUACCGUAUACGUGCUAUACUAUUUCUAUCAAUGCUAAAAUACAUGGCAUCAUGGGGUUUAUUGCUGCAUUAACACGUACAUCUAUCUUUGAGGUAAAGUUGGAGUAUUUCUCUGUGGACAACAGUGACUAACACCCUGCUGACUCGACAUUGUGGUGGUGUUUUAAACAAGUACAAUACCCUGAUGACUAGAAUAGAUCAAUGUGACAAAGCUUGUAAAGAAAAUGCUAUAAGAGGUCAGGCCCUCUGAUCACCAUGACAACCGAUGCAGCAUCUCGUGGAAUGUCUCUUGUAAAACAAACUCAUCCUCAUAUAUCUUACGUCUGCCGUGUGGCGUAAAACCCCAAGACGAAUUACUAUCUCCCUGGCUUCAGUACUUUACCCAAAAAUAAAAACGCUGUCAUUUACACACCUUUAUGUCAUUCCAAAUAUGCACAGGUAGAUAAGUACUGCAACUUUUGUACUACUCUAUUAUAGUAUAACUCAUUGUUAGGUCAAAUAUACAAUGUUUGUGCGAUUAUUUAACCAAGCAGUUGGGUUUGUCCCUUUUUGACCCAAUGGUGGGUUGAAAAUAACCCUGCAUUCUUUAGAGUGUACUACUGUAUGACCAUUUAUGUGCAUAGUUCGCAUUGGUUAUUAAGCUCCUCUUGCUCUUUUUUUAUGCACACAAAAGGACAAAUCUUUACAUAAUGAUUUUCAAUACAGUUUUAUGAUCUGUCAAGAGCUCAUAUUACAUUAACAGUGCAAAAGUUUGUGGGUUUGAUCCCAGGGAACACGCAUACUUAUAAAAAUGUAUAUAUUGUACAACACUUUAACCCCAAAAAGGGCAGGACCAUAAAGAGAGAGAUAUAUUUUCUGUGUUAUUGGGACACAAUAAUACAAUUUGAUCUUUUAUUUGAAAUCGUGACUUUUAAUUUUGAUUUAAAUGUUUGUAUCCCCCAGGAUACAUUGAACCAUUUGGGGGUAUAAAGUCAUAAAAAACUGAAUUCUUGCACUGUAAAAAAUACUUUGCUGCCUUAAAAUGUUUUUUGAAUCAACUCGGAUUUAUAAGUCAUUUCAACUUACUAUUAUUUAUCUUGACUAGAGAUGAGUUGUUAUAACUACAGGUGAGUUGUUAUAACUUAAAAAAUUAAGUUGACUUUUCUCAAGUAUAUUUUAUAAGUUGUGAGUGUUCUCUGUUAACAUGACUUGCAAAUCUGAGUUGAUUUAACAAAAAAAUUUAAGGCAGCAAAGUAUUUUUUACAGUGUGAUAAAUAAGAGUAACUGUGGGUUCACACUAGCCGCGUUUGAGGCGUCAAAUUCGAGUCUACCGCAUCUAGUUUGCCGCUUGAACAUUUUGAGUUUACUCGCUUCAUUCGCGCGUGAAAGCCGCGCAUGAAAUUCUAGUCAUCGAGACAUUCAUGCGGAAAUUCGCGGCAUGGGAGGGGCUUCUGCGACUCCGCUCACUUCCUGUAAUAACGUCACCACUAGAGCAAGCUCCUGAUUGGUUAACGGCAAAGUUCAAAUUUUUCAACCCGCGCAUUUGCCCCGGCAAAGCUCAAUUCGCGCUAUUCGCGUGAACUAGACACGCGAAUGAGGCGGAAUCGCGUCUUUUGCGCCGUGCUAAACGCCUCAAUCGUGCCACGUGACCUCCAGACGUGCAUCAACGCGUCUUCACAUUGACUUAACAUUGAAAUCACUCGCGCUUGACGCCUCUACCGCGGCUGGUGUGAACGCAGAAUAGGUUACCCCGCUACACUGCAAAAAAUAAAUGUUUUACUUAGUAUUUUUGUCUUGUUUUCUAGUAUAAAUUAUCUAAAACUUCUAAAAAUGAAAAAUAAACUUAAUUCCAGUUUUUACUUAACUUAAUAAACUCAAUUUAAGUUUAUUUUUCUUACACCACUGGCAGAUAUUUUUACUUGUUUUAAGCUUAAAUUUCAUAAUUUAUUUCAGAAAACAAGACUUUGAAUCUUAAGCAACUUUGCUUAUCAAGUAAAUGUAUCUCAAUUUAAGAAUUUUUAUAUAUUUUUAUUGAAAAACAAGACAAAAAUACUAAGAAAGAAAAUCUUUUUUUUCAGUGUACAAGAAGCCAUGUUGUUUAUAAGGGCUGCCUGUCAGCUAAACAAAGAAAGUAUACACAAAGUUACCUGACCUAAGUAUUCACAACAAACACCUUUUUAACUUGAUACCAAGAAAUGAGGCUCACACUUCCUCUGUCUCUCCCCAUAACCUCUCAAAUGUUUGUGUCCCCCAUUAAGGAUAUGUCACUCUAAAGGGUUAAGUCACUCGGCCAAAUGCAUGAAUGUAAAGAUACAGAACGGACAUGUCAUUUGAAAUAUGUGGUGUCGAUUUGAUCAAAAUUUAGUUUAAAUAAAUUCAUGUUUAAUUCAAGUCAAAUUACAUUUCAGUUUUCCCAUGCAAAGUUAUUGUAUGACUUCAGAAGAAAUAUAUAUUUUUUUAUAUAAAUUAUACAUAAAUAUACAAAUGUAUAUACACAUGUAAACAUUUCUUAAAUAUAUACAUGCAUGCGUGUGCAUUUACCUAACAAAGUUAUUAUACACAGUUAACACACAUAUGAUGUAAACAAAAACUUUUAUUCUGCUAUAGAUUAAUCGCGAUUAAUCGUUAUGCAUCCAUAAUAUUUUUGUAUAGUUAUUUCUACCCCUAAGAGAUGUUUUUGGUCCUUUUUGGAGAUGCCAUCACUUUGUAUUGUUAUUACAUGUUAAAACACAUGCCUAAACGGUUUGUUAGAUGCAUACAAGUUUGUGUUCCUUAGAAAGUGGUUUACAACAACCUAAAGUGAUUUUGGGGGGUGAAUUAUACUGUGCAUGUAUGUGAGUAUAGUAUUUAUAGUAUUGCAGCACAUUGCAGUUCAUUCUCUAUGCAGUCUGGGGGAGUAAAGCAAUGCUAAAUUAUUUGGUGGUCCCUCCUCCAAUUUAAAAAAAAAGUGGGAGGGGAAAGUUCCAGACACAGCCUGAGGACCUCGUCUACUUCUGUUCACUCAGAUGAAACCUCACUUCACUUUAGAUUCAUCUUCACUCCCUCAUCACAUUCUCUCUCACACACACUGACACCCUUUACCUGCGUAAAACAUAACCUGAGGAACACACCUGGACAGGUUGCUUGUGACCUGAGGCUUUUCUGGCAACGGUGAGUAACUCAUAUUUUUAUAAAAUGUAUACAAUUCUGUGUACUGGGAAAAAAAUAAACAACAUUAAAAUUGUAUGUUGUUUAAGGAGUGCCAGCCAUGUCUUCCACAUUGAGCUGGUCCCUGUUGUGUUUGGGUUUCCUGGGCAUCUGGGCUCAAGAAUUUUACGAAGAAAGAACCGGACCGACCCGAGUGAAGACGAGGGGACCAACUGCAACCCUUCUGCAGAAACAUGAUGGUCAAGCCAUCUUGGAUGAGGACUGCGGACUGGAGUUGGCCUUUCUCUUGGACAGCUCUGAGACCGCCAAAGACAACCACCAGCAGGAAAAACAGUUCGCUAUGGACAUUACAGAAGGUCUACAAAGCAUUCGUUUAAAUACCGGUCGCAAACUCAGUUGGAGAGCGGCUCUUCUUCAGUACAGCAGUCAUGUCAUUAUCGAGCAGACCCUUAAACAAUGGCGAGGCACAGAGAAUUUCAAGCACAGUAUCGCACCCAUGGCCUACAUCGGUCAUGGGACCUACACCACCUACGCCAUCACCAACAUGACCAAGAUAUUCCUGGAAGAGUCCACCCCAGACAGCAUUAAGAUUGCCUUGCUGCUGACAGACGGCACCUUUCAUCCCAGGAACCCUGAUAUCUUCUCAGCUAUGGCUGAUGCAAAGAAUCAGGGUGUGAAGGUCUUUACUAUUGGCAUCACUCGUUCUGCUAAUGACCCGGGCAACGUUGCAAACCUGAGACUGCUGGCCAGUACGCCUUCAGCCAAAUUCCUUUAUAAUCUGCAGGAUAUAAAUGUCAUGGAGAAAGUCAUCACUCAGAUUGCUCAACUGGCAAAUGAUGGGUGUGCUCUGGCCCCAAAGUGUGCUUGUGAGAAAGGAGAGCGUGGACCCAGUGGCCCUGCGGGCAAAAAGGGUCGCCCAGGUGAGGACGGAGCCCCCGGGCUCAAAGGUCAAAAGGGUGAAUCUGGUUUGAGUGGACUACCUGGGCGUGAAGGCGCAGAGGGUAAACCCGGUUACAAAGGAGAGCAGGGUGAACGAGGAGAAUGUGGUACUCCAGGAAUCAAAGGAGACCGGGGUCCUGAAGGUCCUGUUGGCAUUCAGGGGUCUAGAGGUCUGCAGGGUAUAGCAGGACCACAGGGUGACAUCGGACCAGAGGGACCACAGGGCAAGAAGGGUGAGCGCGGCCCUCCGGGUCUACCUGGAAUUCAAGGCGACAGUGGAAUUGGACUUCCUGGACCGAAGGGAGACUUGGGAUUUCAGGGUAGACCAGGUCCACCGGGUCCACCUGGCAUUGGCGAGCCGGGUCUGCCUGGUCCUCAAGGGCCACAGGGUGUUCAAGGCGAGAAAGGACCACAAGGAGAGGGUUUUCCGGGUCCAAAGGGGGAUCGAGGCUUCGAGGGGCCGAGAGGACCAAGAGGACAAUCGGGCCUUGGAAUCAAAGGCGACAAGGGCGAGCUGGGGCAACCGGGUUUGCCAGGGCCAAUUGGGCUCCCAGGGAUUGGAAUUCAGGGAGAAAAGGGUGUUGAAGGUCCAAGAGGGCCACCAGGAGGUAGAGGGGUACCAGGAGAGGGCUUACCUGGACCCAAGGGAGAACAAGGUUUGCCAGGAGAGAUGGGAGCCCCGGGAGAGAGAGGACAUGGAGAACCUGGACCAAAGGGUGACCCUGGUUCUUCUGGGCUGGCUGGAGUACCUGGGCUUCCCGGAGAGGAUGGUGCACCAGGACAAAAGGGUGAACCUGGAGUCACAGGUUUUAGGGGACCUGAGGGUGCACCAGGAAUUGGUACUCAAGGAGAGAAGGGAGACCAGGGCCAACGUGGGGUUCGAGGGUUGCCAGGUCCUCCUGGCAUAAGUGGCCCCUCAGGAGCAAAGGGAGAGCCGGGUAUACCAGGAAGGCUCGGAAUGCCAGGAUCACCUGGGCGAGCUCUUGCAGGAGCCAAGGGUGACGUGGGUCCCGCAGGACCUCCAGGACCUAUUGGAGAGACUGGUUAUGGUCUACCUGGUCCGAAGGGUGAUCGAGGUAACGCAGGCCCACCCGGGCCAUUCGGGCCUAAAGGUGAAGGAUUCCCUGGUCCGGUGGGUCUGCCUGGUUUACCAGGCCCACCAGGUGAGCCCGGCCCAGAGGGGAUUGGUCUUCCUGGACCAAAGGGAGACAUUGGAUUCAGGGGUUUACCUGGUUUGCCAGGACCCCCUGGUGAAGGAGUGCAAGGACCACCAGGCAACAUGGGAAGAGCAGGUCCUCCAGGGCCACACGGGCCCCCAGGGGAGGGUAUUCAGGGACCCAAGGGUGAUCAGGGAGCUCCAGGAGUGACCGGGCCAAGGGGUCCAUCAGGAGAGGGACUUCCAGGGUCCAAGGGUGAUCGUGGUUUUCCGGGCGAGAGGGGAACUAAAGGUGGCAAAGGUGACAUGGGUGACCCCGGGACCCCUGGACUAUCUGGAAGACAAGGAAUCAAGGGCGAGGCAGGCCUGACGAGAGAGGAUAUAAUCAAGCUGAUAAAAGAGAUCUGUGGAUGCGGCAUCAAGUGUAAGGAGAGGCCGAUGGAGCUGGUGUUUGUGAUCGACAGCUCGGAGAGCGUGGGUCCAGAAAACUUUGAGAUCAUCAAGGACUUUGUCACAGCGCUGGUGGACCGCGUCACGGUGGGCCGCAACGCCACGAGAAUCGGCCUGGUUCUCUACAGCUUAGAAGUCCAUCUGGAGUUUAAUCUGGCCAGAUACAUGACGAAGCAGGAUGUGAAGAAGGCCAUCAGGAACAUGCCGUACAUGGGAGAGGGCACCUACACGGGCACGGCCAUCCGUAAAGCCACGCAGGAAGCUUUCUACAGUGCCCGGAACGGUGUCAGGAAAGUUGCCAUCGUCAUUACAGACGGACAGACGGAUAAAAGAGAACCUGUUAAACUGGAUAUUGCCGUGCGUGAGGCUCAAGUGGCUAACAUUGAGAUGUAUGCACUGGGUAUAGUUAACACCUCUGACCCAACACAAACCGAGUUCCUUAGAGAGCUUAACCUCAUUGCCUCAGACCCUGACAGUGAGCACAUGUUUCUCAUUGAUGACUACAACACACUGCCAGCUCUGGAAUCUAAGCUGGUGAGUCAGUUCUGUGAGGAUGAAAAUGGAGCCCUCAUCUACAACCGCGUCUCCAACGGGCUUAAUGGAAAUAAUGGAUACGGCUAUAACAACGGCUAUGAAGAUAACGCCUUUGCAAGCAGAUUUCAGGAAACAGUGGACAGAACUCAGAGUCACACCAGAGGCAGAGGACACACCGUACCUCUUCCUAUCAACCCCGGCCCUCUCAAAACACAGGUGGACAAAGAUGACUUUGAAGGGGAAGACCUUGACAUAAAAACCCAAAGUCAAGGCGGAGGCACCAUUGUUGUUGUCAAUAAGACUGUUCAGCCCGUCCAGCCAGGAACCAGUACAUCUUCAUCUUCUUCAUCUACAUCAUCUUCCUCUACCUCAUCAGUAUCUACAUCAGUAUCAUUAUCCUCAUCAGGGUCAGUAAACGUGAACACAAAGCCUCGUCCGGUUGUGAUUAAAGAGUCAUUAGUUCCUCUGGAUCCACGAUGUCUGUUGACUUUAAGUCAAGGUUCCUGUAGAGAUUACAACAUCCGCUGGUACUACGACAAGCAGGCAAACUCUUGUGCACAGUUCUGGUACGGAGGCUGCCAAGGCAACGAGAACCGUUUCCAAACAGAGGAAGAGUGCAAGAAGACGUGUGUCCUCGCCAGUAAAGCUGGUUAACAUGGAUGAAGAUCUCACCUCAGGCACUCUACACUGAACCUUCAAAAAUUAACUUUGAAGGUCUCCAAUGAUGGAUGUGAUAGAACACUCACUCCUUUAAUUAUUUGAUGAGAUACUAGCAUCAUAAAAUUGUUUCACCAGCUUUAAACCUGUCCAAGCAAUACUCAAGCCAAAUAACAAAAUUACCAUGAUAUACUCACCCUCAAGCAAUCCAUCAUCUUUCAGACGAGCACGUUUGGAGUUAUUUUAAUAAAUGUUCUUGCUUUUCCAAGCUUAUAUAAGUAGGAAACAGGGAUCAGGCAACAACUUCUGACUUUGAAGCCCAAAAAAAUGUAUCCAUCCUUCACAGAGGUAAUCCACACGGCUCCAAGGGGU